UACCCUUUGUGUAUCUAUUAUCUAUGAUAUAUACGUGAGUAAUGUAACAAAAAGUUGCAUUUUAAAGUGAUAUACCUAAAAAUAAAGAUGUUUUUACUUGGCGUUCUUUUAUGUUCAAUUCUGGUACUUAUCAAAGGCGAAUUUUCAAGUGAUGAUUGCUGGGCUCUAGGAUUUAAUAAGGCGAAUUUACUAUGUUCAUCUUGUGAACAGCUUAGCAACUUUAAUCUUGGUAUAAUUAAGAGUAAUUGUUUAGAAUGUUGCCAUCCAGAUGAGAACACAGUGGCAGAUAAGAAAUAUGCAAAAGCUGUGUUGGAAGUAUGUACUUGUAAAUUUGGAGCAUAUCCACAAAUUGAAGCCUUUAUUAAGAGUGACAAGCCUGCUAAGUUUUUAAACUUAAAUAUUCGAUACGUAAGAGGCUUAGAUCCUAUAAUUAAAUUAUAUGAUAAUGAUGGGCACUUACAAGAAACUGUUGCUAUUGAAAAGUGGAAUACUGAUUCAGUAGAGGAAUAUCUUAAUACCCACUUAGAAAAUGAUAACAGAAGUUAUUUAAGAACAAAUAUGAUAUAGUUUUUAAUUAUUUUGUUCAUCAAAUACAUUUUUAAGCUUAACAAUAUUAUCAGCUAUUUCAACCUU